UCAGCCAGUGCACUUUGAUUCAUACCAACAGCUGACAAAGACGUGUCAAGUAUACUGUAGAGAAGAAGCGUGAGAAAAUAUCAAGAAAUACUGCAACUAUAGACACCUUUUUUUUUUAAGCUUAUAGGCAACUAAUGCUCAUUCAAAUUGGCAGAAUAAAAUUUCAUAAGCAAUGAAAUUAAACACGAGACAGAUACUUCUAUCUCCAGUUGCUCUUGUUCUAUUUUUUUAUAUAGCAAAAGCUUCAGACACUAUUAGCACCAAUAAAUCCGUGCGAGAUUCAGAAACUUUAGUCUCCAAUGACAAAAGAUUCAUAUUGGGGUUCUUUAGUCCUGAGAAUUCCACGAACCGUUAUGUUGGUAUUAUGUUUAAUUCACAAUCAUCAACUGUUGCAUGGGUAGCCAACAGAGACAAGCCUUUACGCGAUUCUAGUGGAAGAGUGACAAUAUCAGAAGAUGGAAAUCUUGUAAUCUUGAAUUCACAGAAUAAGAGUAUAUGGUCAUCAAAUAUUUCACCAGCUGUGACAAAUUCUACUGCCCAGCUCGUUGGUACUGGAAACUUAGUUUUGAAGGACAGCUCCAAUGGGAGAGUUCUCUGGGAAAGUUUUAGGGAUCCUUCAGAUUCCUUCUUGCAGACCAUGAAAAUUGGCGUUGAUAAAAGUGCUAACACCACAAAUCUGCUGAAAUCAUGGAUAAGUCCUUCAGAUCCAUCUGUUGGGAGUUUCUCAGCUGGUAUUCAACCUGAAACGAUUCCCCAGAUUUUCAUACGGGAGAAUGGCAAACUUCGUUGGCGUAGCGGACCAUGGAAUAAACAGAUUUUCAUUGGGAUACCAGACAUGACUUCUUUCUAUCUCAAUGGAUUUGAUUUAGUAAAUGAUAACAAAGGCACCGCAUACCUCACCUUUUUAUACGCAAAUCAGGCUGAGAUGGCCUUUUUCACUUUGAACUCAACAGGAUUUUUGCAGCAGAAAUAUUUGGAUCCUAGUAAGAAUGAUUGGGAAGUAACAUGGGAAUUUCCUGCAACUGAGUGUGAUUUUUAUGGAAAGUGUGGACCUUAUGGAAGCUGUGAUCCUAGAAGCUCACCAAUCUGCUCUUGUUUAGAGGGAUUUAAGCCGAAAAGUGAAGAGGAAUGGGGGAAAGGAAACUGGACAAAUGGAUGCAUCAGAAAGUCCAUGUUAGAGAGUGAAAGAAACAACUCGAACAUUGAGCAAGGUAAGCAAGAUUGGUUUCGGAAGCUGCAGUCACUGAAAGUGCCGGAUUCUGCUAUUUGGGUUCCUUUUGCAGACGAUGAUUGUCGUAAGGGUUGCUUGAGGAAUUUUUCCUGCAUAGCUUAUUCAUACUAUGUAGGGAUAGGAUGCAUGCAUUGGGAAGGAAACUUACUUGAUGUUCAGAAAUUCUCCAUUGGAGGGGCAGAUUUAUUCCUUCGCCUUUCGUACACUGAGAAUGAUCAAAAGAGAGAUUUCAAAGUAGCCAUUGCAAUUAUAGUCCCAGUAGGCUCCGUAAUUCUUGCCAUUUUUGGAUACAUUUCCUACAAAUAUUUAGCUAAGCGCAGAGGACGGAAGAGAAAGAGUGGGCUCUUAUUAAGAGAAUCAUUGCCAAACUUCUACAAGGAAAGCAUGGUUACAGAGGACAUCAAUCAAGCUAAAUUUGAAGAGCUGCUUGUAUACAACUUUGAUAUCUUAGCAAAUGCAACUGAGGAUUUUCAUCUGUCCAGCAAACUUGGACAGGGAGGUUUUGGUCCAGUUUACAAAGGGAAACUGCCAGAUGGACAAGAAAUUGCCGUGAAAAGGCUUUCACAGUCUUCUGGUCAGGGGCUAGAGGAGUUCAUGAAUGAGGUUGUAGUGAUUUCAAAACUUCAACAUCGUAAUCUUGUCAGACUUUUUGGUUGCUGCAUAGAAAGAGGGGAAAAGAUGCUGGUUUAUGAAUACAUGCCAAAAAGAAGCUUGGAUGCCUAUCUCUUUGGGUCACAGCAACAAGAGGAAGAGUUCCUUGAUUGGAGUAAACGUGUGAUCAUCAUUGAGGGAAUUGGUCGAGGCCUCCUAUACCUUCACAGGGAUUCAAGACUAAGGAUUAUCCACAGGGAUUUAAAGGCAAGCAACAUCUUGUUGGAUGAAUACCUGAACCCCAAAAUUUCAGAUUUUGGCAUGGCAAGGAUUUUUCCAGGCAACCAAGAUCAGGCCAACACAAACAGAGUUGUUGGAACCUAUGGUUAUAUGGCACCUGAAUAUGCAAUGGAAGGAAGAUUCUCAGAAAAAUCAGAUGUUUACAGCUUUGGAGUAUUGUUAUUGGAAAUUAUAAGUGGAAGGAGGAACACUAGCUUUCACCAAGAUGACUCUUCAUUAAGCCUUCUAGCAAAUGCAUGGAAGUGUUGGAACGAAAACAAGAUUGUGGAAUUAUUUGACCCCAAGAUCACUGACCUGCACCUCGAAAAGGAAAUUACGAGAUGUGUACAUGUUGGACUAUUAUGUGUACAAGAAUAUGCAGAAGACAGACCAAAUGUCUCCACAGUUUUGUCUAUGCUCACCCGGGAAAUUGAUGAUUUACCAAGUCCUAAACAACCUGCUUUUACAACAAGACCGAGCCAUUUCAUGCAAGCCUCUUCUAAAUCUCAAGGCUCCGUGAACACCGUUACCAUUACUAAUAUGGAAGGACGAUAAGACAUUUUAAGAGUUUUAUUUAGGCAUGUAUAUUAUUCCUUUCUCUGUAAUUAUUACUGUGUCUGAUUCUUUGGUAAUGGUUCCACUCAAUAUUACCUCAGUACAUUAAGAAUCCAAGAGAACAGUGUAGGCCAUGCAAGUCACUUAUGCUUCAUAGCAGAAUCCAUAUGAUAUGGACCAUAUACAAGCAAGAAGCAGCAAAGCUAGACUUCAAACUCAGAGUUGUCAACAAGUAGCGUAAACAGGUUCUUUUUGCAGAAAUUUAGAUAAGCUCAUUUACUUGUGAAUUGAGAUCAUUUUUAGAGUUAGCUUUGUAUUAACCCUGGCUUUGAAGCUAAACGAACUGUUCUAGGCAAAGACAUUCUUACA